AGGACUUUGGGAGGUUCCCGGACUUUGGAUAUUUCCCAUCGGACUUUGGGGGUUUCUCCGCAUCAUGCUCCGUGACCUGGUGGAAUCGUUCUUAUGGGAGCUCCUGUGGCUCAUAUUCUACUUUGUCUUUGGUAUCACGUCCCUACUCGUCUCUUGGACGGCUCUGCCGCCACUCUCGCAGUGGGAUUUGUCCUUCGGGCAGCUCGUCCCGAUCUUCUCCCUGCUCUUCUUCGCGACACCCGCGUACGAUAAUUACCUGACUGCUCGGCGGGAGGCGAGACGGCUUCGCAUGAACGGAAGCAACGCUUGGGUCGAGUUCUGGACUGUCGACGGUCGCAAGGGCGUCACAGAUGUCCCGCUCCUUGAUCCUCUGCAUUAUCAGCACGAAUACUCUGUUAUCACAAGAGAAGGCAGCCCAGGCGAAGCUCCCCUAGGCCAGGCGGUUGCAGCUCCUGGUCGUUGGCUCCGGCAGCUAUUCACGUGCGGGCCAGGGCCGACCAUGCGAAUUGACGUGCUUCUUAGUCGGCCCCAUGGCCCUCCCGCUCGCUCCUCGACUUCAAGUCUGCCAGGUGAUGACAACCCUCCUUCCGAAGAUCUCGCCUCACAUCCUGCCAUUCCAUCCACGGGUGAUCGCGACGAACACGCUGAGGGCCUGGAGGAUGUCACCAAGGCCGCCAAAUCCCCGGCGGCGUCUAGUGCAGAACACCUCUCAAGUUCUCAGCGCGACACCAAAUCGAAAACCGAGCAAGAAGCCUCUGAUUCACGUGGCGGUGGAGCAAAUUUCGACACCGAUGACGUAGAACGAGGGAUAGCUCACACGAACAGCAGCAGCGAUCACUCAACAAAGGCCAAGGUUCAAACUCGCAGGACUCGAGCUAGUCAAGAUUCCCUCAGGAUCGAGCAUGUUGAUGAUGGCGUUGAUGAUGCUGGGGAGAUAUCUAUCAGUGAGAAGAGACAGCCGGUCGAUCUCUCGCUUAUCGAGGAUGAGUUUACAUUCGUCCACGACGAAUUACAAGGUAAUGAUAGAUCUGAGGGGCCCGUGAACGCAAAGCAGGACGGUCAAAGCCAGCCACCGAACGACAAUUCGUUACGCCCAGGACGCGGACCCAUCCCGAACUUUUACGUCCGUCUGUACUCCUCCAACAGGAUACUAGUGGUCGGCUCGAUUGUCUCUUCUCUCACCUCAGGAAUAGUUCUCAUGCUCCUCUUUGCAAUCUUCUCCGGCGGCGCCUUCGCAGGCUCGGUCCUAGGUCCCAGCACAGAAGUUUGGGCUGUUGCUUCUGGCAUUAUCGGAGUGUCGUACUUCGCUGCCGUUGGUGUCUACGGCAUGACUGGAUUUCGGCGACAUGUGAUAGCGCUGCGGAAGUUCCAGAUGCAGGAGGGAAAAAAGCGGGAGCGGCAGGAGAGGAUGGAGAGGAUGGAGAGGAUAGAGAUGAAUAGGGAAAAGCAGAAUGUGUAUAAGCACAUGCGGCACCCUACCACGUCCCGUCGGACGAACUUCAGGACAUAGGCAAACGCUUCUCAGGGAUGGUAGGCAGGGCUCGCAUCAUCCUCUGCACAAAUGACGAGGCUGCCAGCUGCCUCUGUGUACUGACACGCAUUUGUGAGGAUGAAGAUGCAGGAACGCAGCGAGGGAGCCUUAACUGAGUGGAAUCAUGAGAGUGCAGCGACUAGGCUCGCCGAGUUCAUCGCCUGACUUCACUCGUUCAGAUUCUCACCUAGAACUUAAUAUUAUCGCUUCAAUGACUGAAUUAGAAAUGAAUUGAAACUUCCC